UGGAAGAACUUUUACGCUCCGGACCGAUGCUCAAGGUUUCACGUUCAUUUUGAAUAGAUCCCGAGAAAACUCUAAACGGGCACUCAAUCGGGCUGAUGGAUGGGCCCUCAGGUUAAGUCCAUACAAUUUCAACGUUGAAUAUGUGCGUGGGCGUGACAAUAUUGCAGACCCAUCCUCCAGACUGUAUGAUGGCGAUGACGGCCCAUUUAAAGAAGACGACAGCCCAUGGGAAUUAGCUUGCCUCGAAGCUAACGAAAUAAGGUUCAUGACAGAAGAUCAGAUCAGAGAAGCUACAAAAGCUGAUCGUCAACUUCAGGAGGUCAUUGAAUCUCUGGAUUCAGGCGCAUGGCCAAGUCAUAUAAGGAAAUUCAAGGUACUUAAGAACGACUUGAAUAUGCGAGAUGGAAUCCUGACGAAAACUGGAUGUGCAGUAAUUCCAGAAAAUCUGCGACAUAAGACUCUUGCAAUAGCUCACCAAGGACACCCGUCGGUAGCCAAGCUCAAAAGCAUUUUGAGAGAAAGGGUAUGGUGGCCUGGCAUGGUAAAAGACGCGGAGACAUGGGUUAACUCUUGCAAAGUUUGUGCAACAACUGGAAAGCCCGAAAAACCGACACCAAUGCAACGUGUUUUCGCACCAAAAGCAGUGUGGGAAACAAUUGCAAUUGAUUUCAACGGGCCAUAUUCAAAAUUCGGAGGUAUUUCGAUUUUAGUGAUAGUCGAUUAUCGAUCGAGAUAUAUAAUCGCUAAACCGGUGAAGUCUACCAACUUCAUCAACACCAAGCAAGUUCUAGAUACAGUAUUUCAGAAGGAAGGCUUCCCUCAAAGUAUUAAAUCCGACAAUGGACCGCCAUUCAACGGCGAAGAUUACAAAAAAUACUGCAAUGAGCGUGGCAUCAACAUUAUCUUUUCCACUCCAUUACAUCCACAGCAGAAUGGACUAGCUGAGAGUUGCAUGAAGGUAAUUAACAAAGCAAUGACUGCUGCGGCUAUGUGCAACACCAACUAUGCUGAAGAACUGAAUGAAGCCAUUCAUGCAUACAAUGCAGGAGCCCACUCGGUUACCAAGAUACCCCCCGAGGAAGUAAUGAUGGGUAGAAAAAUUAGACGUGGUCUACCACUACUGUGUCCAGGAAAAGCUACAUUCGACGAUGACCAAUUAAAUGAGCGCGAUUACGAAUCGAAACUGCGAGCGAAAGAACGAGAAGAUAGUAGACGUGGUGCCCGCGGAUGUCGCGUCAAGCCAGGCGAUAAAGUUGUAGUUGAGCGAUUAUUGCGCGCUAAGGCGGAACCAAGAUUUGAUCCACAUAAAUUCACGGUUACAGAAGAGAAAAAUGGGAUGUUGAUUCUAAGCGAUGAAGCGGGUCGUACUAUGCGGAGGCAUGUAUCACAAACCCGAAAAGUUUAUGACUGGGAGAAACCUGCGACAUAUAGUAGCUCAUCAGAUAUCGUUAAUGAAAGUGUGCACUCAGAUACGAGUUCUCAUCCAGCACAAGAGCCUCAUUCAGCGGAAGAGGUAUUGUCCCACUGUGAACCCAAAGUUCAACGACCAGCAAGAGAACGGCGAGCGCCGACAUACCUCGAUAGUUACAUACACGCAACUGAAAAGUAAAACGUAACUAGGUAUGAAUUCUAAGCGCAAAAUUUUGAUUUAUAAUUCGAGUAAAUAUCCAUCGUUUAAAUUAGAUAUUAACCUGAGACUACAAAGAGAAAUAUAUCUACUACAAAUGGUUGAAAAAAACAAAAAUAAAAAAAAAUAAAACUUACGCUUCUAAA